AUGACCAUCCCAGAUAUUAAAUUUAUAGUUCCAAUUUUAAUUCAACUGCGAUUGAUUUGUUUUCGUGAUUCUAGGCUCAUUUCGCUCGUACGUAAGCUACUCAUCCUCCCCACUAUAUGGUUAGCACUAUCCAACACCCACCGCGGUAACUUUGACGGCAUUGGCCCAAUUGGAUUUGUUUGGGCUGUUACUCUGUUUGUUGGAUGUUUAAAGUCUGUUGAUUUGGGUUUUACACACCGUCAUUCUAUCCGUUAUAUUGGCACACACGGGCAGAGAUCAGAGGAGAGUAAGCUAGACACCUCUACAGACCUUGGCUGGUCCGCUUUCUUUGACCUCCUCACUAAUCUUCGCGGCGUUGGCUGGGCUUGGGGAUACACAUGGGAUAUCCGAGACAUCCGAGGCAUUUCUCAAGCACACUUCCUCAGGCACACCCUAACUGACAUAGUAAAACACCACUUCCUUUCCACUUUCUCCGUCGCUCUGCUCGCACAUGCGAUGGACAACAAUGACAUUCUCUUUACCCAGAGCAUAUUCCUCAGCGACGUAGCGCAGACGCUCCUUCUUGGCGCAGCUGCCUGGUCUGGUCUCUCACUUGGCUAUUCCCUAGUAUCUCUACUAGUGUACACCUACUCCCGCAUAACACACUCCCAUUUUGACCCACUCCGCUGGCCACCGCUUCUGAAUGACCCGCUCAAGAUGCACAGUGUGCGCGACUUCUGGUCAAACAGAUGGCACUCACUUUUCAAGCGACAGUUUCUACUGUGCGGAUAUACCCCUGUUGUAAAGGUGUGUAGGUGGGUGGGUAUACGCGAUGACAUGGCUCGUCUACUCGGUGUGCAAGGCGCGUUUCUCGUUAGUGCACUUAUGCAUGAGUGGAGCAUACGUAAUGCACUCAAUCACUCUAUACACCCUGCAACCCUCCCCUCCAUCGCCUUCUUCCAGGCUUCAGCUGCGGCUGUUGCAUUGGAAACCACAAUUCAACACCUCAGCGGACGUAGAGUUGGUGGCGCACUCGGUGCACUCUGGGCUUGGUCCUUUCUCCUCCUCACUGGCAUACCCAUGAUGAGACAUUGGCUGCACGGUGGUACACUGGGAUACGUCGUUCCUCCUCAACUCUGGUCACUCAAGAGAAUAGUCACUCCAUUUGGUUUUUUGGCUCCCGCUGACAACCUGUAA